AUGUCGCUACAAGUUUCAUCCGAAAUUGGUCGUCUUAAACGUUUGAUUAUUCAUAGUCCUGAUAGUGGUCUGGGAAAAGUUGUACCAUCUAAAGCACAAGAUUGGCUAUUCGAAGAUAUUGUUCAUUUAGAUACAAUGAGACGACAUGAAUACGAUUAUUAUGUUAAACUUCUGUUAUAUUUUCUUGAUCCACAAAAAGUAAAAGGUCAGUUGGAUAAACUUGAUCAAAAUGAAGCAAGAGGUUUUUUUAAACCGGAUAGUGAUGAAUAUUUUAGUUCUGAUAAUGUUAUUGAAUUUCAAAAUUUGCUAGCACAAACAUUGGAAAAUGAAAGUAUGCGAAUAAAAUUGGUCGCAUCUAUUUGUGCUAUUGAACGUCAAUUAUAUAGUACACAACAAAAGUUAUUAGCAUUGACACCAAUUAAAUUGGCAAAUGUUUUAAUAUCAGGAAGUUAUGGAGAAAAUAAUGAAAUGUUAUUUCCACCUGUACCGAAUCUGUUAUUUACGCGAGAUUUGGGAAUAAUGAUCAAUGAUCAUUUGUUGUUGAAUAAACCCGCGAAAACAGCACGAACAAGAGAAGCUCUACUUUACCAGUAUAUCGUUUUCAAUCAUAAAUUAUUCGCUGAUAUGCGAGAGAAAAUAAUCGAAUUACCAGAGAAUGAAUUGUAUUUUCUAUUGCCUGAAAAUGAAAAAUCUUACAAUCGAACAACAUUGGAAGGUGGCGAUGUGAUGAUUGUUGCGCCAAAUCAUUUGCUCAUCGGGAUCAGUGAAAGAACAACAAUUUAUGCUGCUCAAUUACUCAUUCAAAUAUUAUUCGAUAAACAAAUUGUGAAUAAAAUUACACUAAUAAAAAUUCCCGAUAAACGUGAUUGUAUGCAUAUUGAUACAGUAUUCACACAGGUAAAACGAAAUAUCUGGGUUUUAUAUCAUAAAUUAGCUCGAAGAACGAAUAAACAAUCCCAUGAACAGAUUGAACCUUUUAUGUCUAAUCUUCUGCCAACAUCUCUAACCAAAAUGGGUAGCAAUGAAGAUGAAAUGAAAAUAAUUCAGUUUCAUCGAGGAAAACAAAUAAAACCACGUGAAAUCGAAAAUCUUGAAGAUCUGUUGAUGGAAGUGAGCUGUGAUGAUCUAGGAUGUACAAAAGAGUCGGUAAAAUUUAUUUAUUCUGGUAAUAAUGAAUUUCCCUAUGGUGCACGAGAACAAUGGACUGAUUCGUGUAAUCUUUUGGCACUGAAAGAAGGUGUUGUGAUUGGAUAUGAUCGAAAUGAUAAAACGAUGGAGGCAUUUAGACAAGCAGGAUUUAAGGUAAUCAGAGCUGCUGAUCUUUUGAAACAAUUUGAAUCCAAUGAACUUGAACCAGACACGUUAACCGAUACAUUAAUUUUAUUACCAUCGGGUGAAUUAUCUCGAGCAAGAGGUGGUUCACAUUGCAUGAGUAUGCCGCUACUACGAACAGAUAUUCACAGAUAA